AUGCAGGAGGUCGCACGUCGGAAUAGGACCGCCUCGAGCAGGGAGAGCUCCCCGGCGCCCACCGGUACUCGGAUGCGGACCGGAAGCCCGGACGAAGCGGAGGUUGCGUCGGCGUCUGACGAAGAGGCCGGCUCCGUCGACAUUCAAGAAACGUCAGACGAGACCGAGUCCGACGAAGAGCCCACAUCCGAGGAUGACCGGGGCAUCGACGACUCGACGCAGCCGGACGCCGGAACACUGGAUUUGUACCGGCUGAUGGAGAUGGAGGAAGAGACAGCUCGAUCCGCGGCAGACGAGACCCCGGACGAUGCGCUGGCGCCCAUGCGGAGCGAGAUGCAGAGGCGGCGGGCCCGGGAUGAAGCGCCGCAGACGUCUGUAUUCUCAAUGGCGCGCGAGGAGCUUGUGGCGGAGCCUGAGCCAGCGGUGCACUCUGACCCGCUGACCGGCAACGAGGUCUUCAAGAAGGACGGAUUUCGGGUGCUGCGUGUGCGGGAGCACGGCGCCAACUGCUUCCAUCAGACCGGGUCGAACCCCAGGGGCCGCCUUCCCGGCCCAAAGUUCUUCAUGCAGCAGGAGGCGGCGCUCCUAAACCACGAGGCGCAAGUGGUCCUGCACAAGUGGUCCGGAAAGGUCGAAAAAGGGGUGAGGGUCCCGUGGCGCAGCUUUGCGUCAUAUCCGGAUUGGGACACGGCGCGGUCGCAGCUGGAGGGGCGGCACGGGUCGGUGACGGAGAUCAUCCAGAACGGGAAGCCCUGCAAGCCCUACCUCGACCUCGACGGCAAGGACGGGCUCCCCUUCAAGCGUCAGCCGGUGACCGGGGCGGAUGGGGAGGUCGUGGAGGGUGGGGAGAGGUACACGGGGGAGGAGGUCAUCCGGAUCAUCGAGAAGUGGGCCGCUGUUGUGUUCAAGGAACAGUACGACCAUGAGCUGCAGCCGAGCAGCUUUAUCUGGCUCGAAAGCCCCGGUCAAACCAAGUUCAGCCUCCACCUCACCAUCAACCAGCUGUCCCCCCGUCAGCUCGUCUUCGGCUCCAACACCGAGGGGGCUCUCCACUUUGCGAGGCGCCUCAAGAAGAGGCUGCUCCCGUGGGAUCCCGCGGUCGCGGCUCUCAUAGACCUGAACGUGUACUCGAAAGACCGCGAGUGGCGGACGCCGGGGAGCGCCAAGAUCGAGAAGCCGGAGAGCGUCUUGUCGUGCAUCGAUCCGGCCCAUUCCUGGAAGGAUGCUCUGGUGACCUGGCUGGAGCCCGUCGAGGCCCGUGACGAGGUCAAGCUGCCAUUCGAAGUGCCCCAAAGGCUCCACGAGAGGUUCAACAACCCUCGUAUGAUGUCCGAACGGGGCACGGAGCGCAGCUCGAAGAACGAGGAGUUCCCAAACACCGAGGGUGGGGACUCGGACGUCCCCUGUGUCGAGAGGGCAUACUGCCUGGGGGACCUGUUCGAGGACAACAUCUCGUACGAGACGGGCGCCGUCAAGGUAGACAUGGAGCACCUUACGCGUGUCCCUGGCGCGUCGACCCCUGAGCUCGUGGCCGAAGUAGCAGCGGGGCGGAGGAUGCCGGACGAUCUGAUGAAGCUAAACACCAUCGCCAACGAGUGGAUCGAGGGCAGAUUCCCCCUGCUCGGCAUCCGGUCGGGCGUGAACACUGGCAAGACGGUGUUCUGCGGGGCGGUUGGGGACGAGCUCUGGCAAGCAAGCGGCCGCGCCCACACGUCGAUCAUGAUCACGUACCGAGUGGCCCAGGCUCAAGACCUCAAAGCGCGCUUUCCCCGCACCGCAAAUUACCUCGACCUGAAGGCGGACUACGAUCACAAAAACGUGUGGUUCCCGGAUCCGGACAACAAGCACAACCUCCUAACGGCCCUGCAGUCUCGGAAGGACUUUCCCGAAAUCGUGGUUCAGGUGGACAGCCUCCUUAAGCUCCGGCGGGGCAGCAUUGGCGAGGUGGCCCCGUUCGAUCUCGUGAUCCUCGACGAGGUGGCGAGCAUCCUCGCGCACCUCUCCGCGGCGACUGUGAGGAACGGGAUGGAGACCAGUGAGCUGUUCCUGGAGAUUGUGCAGCGGGCGAAGCGCGUGUUGGCCAUGGACGAUGGAUACGGACAGCGGGAGCACGACUUCUUCCGGCUUGCACAUGUGCCCGGGAAGCUCAUCAUCAACACAAGAAGGGCAGCGGUGCCUCUAACGUUUCGUGUCGGUCAGGAUGAGAAGAAGUGGUUGGAUCGGAUCGUCGAGGAUCUCGCAGCCGGCAAGAACGUGGUCGUCGUCAGCAUGUCCGCAAAGGUCCUGGACCGCAUCCGGGACCAAGUCAUGUCGCGGCACUCGCUCGGGCUUGCAGACACAGACAUCCUCAUCCAUAAGGCCCUGAGCGGGGGCGAAACGACGGCUCUCCUGAAGAACGUUGCCGAAAACUGGAAGGUUCGCUUGCUCAUGUACAGCCCCACUGUCGAGGCAGGGGUGAAUUUCGACGUUCCCUGGUUCCACACCAAGUUCCUCUACAUGUGCAAGAAGAGCACGACGGCUCGGGCAGCCUGGCAGGCGACGCUGCGGGUGCGGAAAACGGAGAGUCCGCUGGUUCAUUGUUUCGUCCAGUCGUCCAUCUCCGUGAUGCUCGACUGUGCGCAAGAGAUCCCAGCCACGCGUCUCUGCACUCCGGAACAGCAGGGAACGACACCCACAGCGCCGCAGACACCGGAAGCCGACGACGACGACUCUGCUUCGCAGGAUGCCGAUGUCGACCGCUUGGACCAGCAAGUUGCGGCCGACUCCCCUCUCGGCCGGGCGCCUGCGUCUCAGCCAGGUGUGGGGCCUUCCCGUGGCCUCAGUCGUGAGCAACUCAAGGGAUUUCUUGGCCCUCCACAACGCGUGACCACGGCGGAGACGCUGCAGUUUCUGCAAGCCUGCAACAGCGAAGUGACGGCUGCAUGGAGGCGAGUCGCGUCAAGGACCGAGGACCCCGGCAAAGUUGUCCGGUUGAUUGAGGACGGCCCCCUCUUCCGGACGUUCGCGCAUACGGAAGCGGAGCGGCGAAAGUCGGACGCGCGCCUGCUUCACGAGUUCCAGCUGCAAGUCUCGCGAGCCGGCCAUGUGGUGGAGGUCGAGCAACCCGAAGAGCUUUCGAAAAAGAGUAAGAGGCGGAAAGGGCUAGACGCAGAGGCGUCACAGAUCAUUGGCGCGAGGGCGAUCAGUGCGGCGGAGUUUGAGGAGUUGAGAAGGUUGCGAGACACGAAGAGGGACACGGGUUCGCAGAGUGUCGAGGUGAUCAGGUACGAGGCCUGCCAGUUCUACGGCCUCAGGGACCUUGACGAGCACUUUUUCAAGGAGACGAAGGCCGAGUACAAGCCCCCGUUCUCAAACAAGCUCGACUUUCUGCUGAAGGUGCUACUUCCAGGGCGGUUCCUCGACGAGGGGGCGGUGGCCCGCCAGAGUCUCGAGGUCAAGAUGUUGGAGACCGCGCGAGGGCUGCUCAAGGACUUGGGCCUGGCGCAUGCGUUUGACGUGGGCGGUGAAACGCGCUCGCUCCUUGCAGGCGGACUCAAAGGCAGGCUAUUGCGAUCAGACCUGUUCAAAGGUCGCCCUAGGCAGGUCGGUUCAAAGACCGCGAUGUCGGAGAAGCCCGUCUCCGAGAUGUUCCGGAUCCAUUUGCCGGCGCCCAAAGAGGGAAAAGCUUAA